CGGUUGCAGUUAAAUCAGUGAUAACAGCAGCUGCUAUUGUUUUUUCAGUUCUCCAUUUCUCUAUUAAACAGCAGCAAAGGCAACAAUGGCGGCUGCAAGAGUAAUGGUAUCAGCAAACAACACUCUAACAACUUCUCUUAUAUCCAAAAUUCCUCUCCAAAAGCCCAAUAGUUUCAACCUUUGUUUUCGCAAUGGACCUGCUGCUGCACACAGGAGCCGACUUUUCACUUGCACUGCUAUUUAUAAUCCUCAGAUUCAAAUCAAAGAACAAGGCCAGCCCGAAACUUUAGAUUAUCGUGUCUUUUUCGUUGACGAUUCAGGCAAAAAGGUGUCCCCUUGGCAUGACAUACCACUGCAUUUAGGUGAUGGUGUUUUCAAUUUUAUUGCUGAAAUUCCUAAAGAAUCGAGUGCAAAGAUGGAAGUUGCUACAGAUGAGCUGUACACACCAAUUAAACAAGACACAAAGAAGGGGAAACUUAGAUACUACCCAUAUAAUAUUCAUUGGAACUAUGGAUUGCUUCCUCAAACCUGGGAAGACCCUUCAUUUGCAAAUGCUGAAGUUGAGGGGGCAUUUGGAGAUAAUGACCCUGUUGAUGUUGUCGAGAUUGGGGAAAGCCGUGCUAAAAUUCGCCAGGUCUUGAAGGUCAAACCUUUAGCUGCUUUGGCAAUGAUUGAUGAAGGAGAACUUGACUGGAAAAUAGUUGCUAUUUCCCUAGAUGAUCCCCGAGCGUCACUUGUCAAUGAUAUUGAUGAUGUGGAGAAACAUUUUCCGGGCACUCUGACAGCUAUCAGAGACUGGUUUAGAGACUAUAAGAUUCCUGACGGAAAGCCUGCUAACAAGUUUGGACUUGGAAACAAGCCAGCUAACAAGGAUUAUUCCCUUAAGAUUAUUACGGAAACCAACGAGUCUUGGGCAAAGCUUGUUAAGAGAUCUAUCCCUGCUGGUGACCUUUCACUUGUGUAGAUGCGGAUUGAUAAAGCUUGAACAGAGAGUUUUUUUGCUGUAAACUGAACUGGAUGUUGAAACCCUUGUAAUUCUUUUACUCUGUCCUCAUGUGUGAGGUGGAAAUGAGUUCAUAAGAUUCACUCAGUAUAAAAAGAUACUGAUUUUUCAUCUGUACGUAUCUCUGCACGAAUUUGAUUUUUAAAGCUAUAUGAGGAAAAAGAUUCAGAUAUA